CCAGGACGUGCUGGCUCUCCUCCCGCUGCCCCCCCGGGAGCCGGGCAGGGCUGCGGGGGAGGCUCAGCCGGCGGCUCCACCAUGGCUCGGCCUGCAAGGGAGAAAGCGGCUGCGGGUGCAGGUUAAUCUGCUUUGCUUUAAGAAUGAAGGACAUGGCACCCACCAGUGGACUUCCAUGGUGGCCUAGGACAAAGAUAUGGAGCAACAGAAGGACCUGAGAAAGUCCUAGGGAGAAAGCUGAAGAGCUGCAGGUGUGUGGAUCAACCUAGCCUCACUGAAUCAUCGCUUUAAUCACACUAACUUGACAACCAUUGUAUGCCAGCACCAAGCUGAGGUGCUCCUGAUCAAGCAGAUCUUCUGAGGAUUUCCUUAAAAAGAAACUUUGGUGGUUGAAAGAUGUGCCAUGGAAUGAUAGCACCGAAGAGCAACACAGGAUCGUCUCUUGCCUUGACUAGCCAUGGGUUAUUCCUUCUGCUAGUUACCUUUGGUACCUUUGUCUUGGAAGCAGAGGCCACAGGUUGGCUCAGCAAAUCCGAAGGACCUGCAUAUUGUCCCCAGCCACCUCAGCCUGAGAAUGGAGGCUAUAAAUGCCACCCAAGCCCCUGCAACAACCCUCUGACUUCAGGCAGCGUCAUAGAGUAUCUCUGUGUGGAAGGCUACAUGCUGAAGGGAGAUUAUAAAUACCUGACCUGCAAGAAUGGAGAGUGGAACCCAGCCAUGGAAGUCAGCUGCAGGCUCAGCCCGGAGAAGGACUCUCCUCCAACAAUUGGAGUGCCCACGCUGUCCAUAGUAGCCUCCACGGCAAGCUCUGUUGCCCUGAUUCUGCUCUUAGUCGUGCUGUUUGUUUUGCUGCAGCCAAAGCUCAAGUCGUUCCAUCACAGCAGGCGAGACCAAGGUGUGUCUGGAGACCAGGUCUCCAUCGUGGUGGAUGGUGUGCAGGUGGCCUUGCCAUCCUACGAGGAAGCGGUGUACGGCAGCGCAGGGAACUGCAUCCCGCCCUCCGACUCCCGGGUGCAGAUCGUGCUCUCGGAGGGAGCUGGGCAGAACAGAGCCAGGGAGAUGCAGCAGCAGGACCAAGGGGCUUGCAGUAGCUCUGAAAGAGAAGACGAAGCCCCAGGACAUUCUGGACUAUGUGAAGCCAGUGGCUCUCGGCGCUCUGAAACCGUUCUUGUGCAUCAGGCUGCCACCUCUUCCUGGGUAGCUGGCAUGGCUAGCAGUAGACCUGUACACAAAGAAGUCCAAGAUUCAGAAAGCAGUGACAUACAGAGCCUUUUAUCACUCACUUCCUCCGAGGAAUACACAGAUGAUAUUCCAUUAUUGAAGGAAGCAUGAGGCCUGCCGUGUUUGUCUAGCCUUCUCCCUCUUGGAUCUCUUCCUCCCUCUCUUGCGCCUGCCUUCAGGACAGAAGCACUCUGUGCAGCCUUCCCCAUCCUUGCAAGCUGUGCCCUGGAUACCUCCAAGCAGAGAUGCCCUCAGCUGAAGAUCCAAAGGAUGUUGCCAGGUUGCCUCGUGGAUGCACCAGUGGAGUUGGUGCAGCGCUGGCUUCCCCAUUCCAUCAGCAUCAGGGGCUCAAGGAACAGAGCAGAUUUGAGCUCUACUCUCCUCUUCCCCAGCCAGAUGUUUGACAGCAGUCUCUGAGGAGCUGCUCUUCUCUCGUGCCUUUCUCCUCCUCACACCGGCUUGUUGCAGCUUAUCAGCCUUUCCAGCCCUGCUGCUGCCCAGAGGGCAGGGGCUAAAGCUACCUGCUCACUGGCUGCAGACACACUUGAUAUAUAGUGUAUAUGUUACAUAGGCUCUUCUUCCAGCAUCCUCUGUCACAGGGCAAGACAAAAUGCAUCACUGGGACUGAAGCUGGACUUGGGAGGGAUCCCAGUGAAGGGGCAGCUUGUGAUGUCUAGGAGCACCUCAGAUGAGAUGGACUGUGAUGGCUUAGCUGUGCAGUAACAGUUCACUGAGAAUUGCUAGAGUGCUGAAGGCUCGGAGUCCCAAGGUGUAAACCAUCUGCAGGGGUCCAUUCCUAAGCAUCACCACCACCUUUUCCUUCCUUCUCUACCCAUGCAGCCCACUUAAUUAUGCUGCGUUUCUAGAAGCUAGGACUGGGACUGUACUGCCAAUAAAACAAUCCUUUUGGCUUUGGUGUGGUGCCAGAGCAGCUCCUGUAUUAGGUGGUAGAGGAGCCUUGGAGAGUUGCAGCUGGCUAGCAAGGUCCAGAAAGCUUAGAGGAUGCGACUUUCAGUUAACCCCACUCUGCUGGCCCCAUUCACUGAGAGACAUCAGGACUGGAACCAGAUUUGUGGCCCUGCCCUCCUGAAUAAGCUGUGUGUCUCAAAGCUCUUUCAGUUAAGGUGGUUCUGCACAAAGUCUUGGAUUCCUUUGGUCAGAUCUCCAGGCAGAGACAGCCCUUUUGAGAUGUAAUCUGGGUAACUGCUCUCUGAGGCUUGUGUGUCCUGCCAGCACCACACAGCAUGAGUCUGCUGUUUGAUCCUAAUGGGUUUCAUUGGGCCCACAGAAGGGCUUCUUCCUUGUGGCUGGAGGUGAGCAGCAUUUAUAGUACACAGUUGCCUGUUUCUGUGGGGGAAGUUUGGCUACAUUGUCAGCAGUGUCAGAGGACACCAUAACUUAUUCCUGAUAGCAGGGAAAAGAAAAUCCAAAUUGCAUAUACCUCUGUCCCCCCCAGCAAAAGUUACCCCCAGCAGGUCAGAAUGUCCUGGUGGUUGUUGAUAGGACUCUCUUUUUGCAGGAAGCCACAUCCAUCUGGGCUAGGUGAUCCAAUCACAAAAGCAUUCUCUACACCCAGGAGGUCUGGACACUGCUCUGUGGGAUUUCAGCAAGAAGUUGGUUUCUUAGAUGCAUGUACCCUGUCGUAGCUGUCUUGAAGUAACCAGGGAAGUGUUUGCCCUUUGAGAAGCUGCUACAUUUUUGAGUUGAAGGAGCAAAAUGUCAUGGCCUUACACAUGGUGUGGUAAUGUACAGGUAAAUAGGGAUGCUGUCUUCACUGCUUUGCUUUUGGUUUACAAUCCUCACCAUCUUGGUUGCUUUAGGAACAGACUGUCAUGGUUCUUGGUAUCAGUGCCACAACACCUUAUAUAUAAAAUCCUUCUGUCUGAGCUCCAGUUCCUGGAAAUGGAGCUUGGCCGUAGUAUCCAGCUACCCACUGCUGCUUCCAUUCCUGAUUAACUGUUAAAUCCCAGGACAGCUGGGAGAGCCUGUGCCUGUGGAUGGAAGAAUCCCGUUUUCCCCUAUCUGUGUUUCAGAGGGAUGUUAUUAAGUUAAAAAUGCACUGCUGCAUACUCCCUUCCCUGUUAUUGAUGACACCUUGCAUUAACACAAGGAUUUGAUAAAUGCAUUUGACAGUGCCAUGUUCUUUGGCAGUGGGCCGCAGUGUCUCGGCUUCAGGCACUGUGGAGGGCACAUGUUUACACAUCUGCUGUUGGAGUUUUAGCAGAUAAGUGUGGGGAGCUUUGUGUUUUGGUUUUUACUCCUACCUUGGACAUGGUCUAAGCUCAAGCACAUUUCCUCAUCCACUGGUGUAUCAGGGCAGAUAGAGGGCUCAAAUGAAUGUAAUCAUAAGGGAGCAUGGAGGGAAGACUACAUGACUUCUUUCCUGCUACCUAACCAAGUUGAGGCAGGAGGAGUUGCUCUUUAUGCAUUUAAGGUCCUGUCUACUCGAACUGACCCUCAGCAGUCAAGGUAUAGAAGUCAGGUACAUGCUGUCUUCCUGCAAGAGACAGUGCUUUAACUCAGUGUAAGCACCAGGGUGGUGAGGGAAUCCCGCAACGGAACUGGAGGCCUGACCUUGCUGCUGGAGUGCUUGCUCCACCAGCAGAAUGCAUGUACCAGGUCACCCUACCUCCUCCCUCUGCUGUUGUAAAGCAAGCAGCUGUCAGUUUGGAAGAGAAAAUUCAGUCUGGGAGAAGAGGUGGAAGCAAGCUGCACAGAAGAGUGCUUUGAUUUAGUUUCAUUUAGAGAAUUGUGGGAAACAGCUUUCAUCAGAAGAGGGGGGAAGUGCAGAGGUGGAGGAAAAUAUGCAAGUGUAGAUCUUGUGAUCAGGCAUAACAGGCACCUUCUGUUGGCUUGCUGAGGGUAAGUCAUCAGCCAGCUUCUGCUGUGCAGUGCUUGCAGGAAGGCCUGUCCCUUGCAGCAGCACUUGCAGGAGCAGGCCCCCAGGACCUGGGGGUAUCGGUCUGGGGGCAUCCCAUUUGUCUCGCUCACAUCUUCAGCUGUGGAGUUGGUUUCCAUAUAAAAUGAGGUAGAAUGGCUGCAGAGGAACCAGAGAGGUGUUUACUUGUCAAUGUUUUUCGAGGGGGAGGGGAAGCCAAGCCCCACUUGACUGAUUAUCAAGUGACAGUUACUCAUUCAUGCUUCUAUUAAUUAUGCAGAGGCUGAAGGGUUGGGGAAUACUUUGGGCAGGGACUUAGGAAUAACUCUAAAUUGCACAGUCCUGUCCUUACUGCUGGGAGCUAGGGCUGAGGCUUAAAGAUGCCUCAGUUGCAAGCUCUGCUCAAUCUCAGGAGCAUUCAUUACCCCUGAGCAGAGUUUCCUCUUGUCAUCUUCUUUGGCUCUUGGUAUGUGCAGCCUCAGUGUCAUAGAUGGGGAGCACAGGGGCUCAGCCUUGCAAGAUGUGAUGCUGAUUUAUUCUUUGCCAUUCUUUUCUUUUAUGAUGGGGCCACAACCUCCUUGCCUGUUUUCCCCCACCUGUGUCUGGCAAAAGAAUUGCAAGGGAGGCUUUUGACAUCGUUUUUGUAUUGAAGACUCCCAACCUAAUCAUCUCAUGCUCUUGUCAUGCUGGAUCCUGUGACAUUCUAGGACAUUAAAAUGAUACAACAGCAUUGGAAAGAUAGAACAGCACUUAUGUUAAACAGUUGUGUUACUUCUGGAGUCUGAUAGGUCACAAACCCAGGGCAUCUCAGAAAUGUGGGUGCAUUAUGUGCAAUAGGAAAGAAAAACCAGCCCUCCUUGCUCCCUUGCAGUUGCAUAGUUCA